GCGGGUGAAAAUAAUAUUCAGGGAACAUCACAUAAAUCGGCAGACCUCUUCUUUUUUAUUGGCAGGAACAGGAAGCUACCAGAAACCUUAAUUUCGGGUCUUUGAUAGUCUUCUUCAAGGUUUACCCUGCAAGCUGCUACGCGCUUUUGUUGUUUGACCCGUCUCGGGGAGUGCAAUGGCAGACGAGGAACCUGUUGAUCCGAAGAAGUAUCUUGAAGAGGCCUGCAAGCCUAAGUGUGUGAAACCAUUGCUUGAAUAUCAGGCCUGCAUCAAGAGGAUCCGAGGAGAUGAGUCCGGGACCAAGCAUUGCACUGGACAGUAUUUUGAUUAUUGGUCUUGUGUCGACAAAUGCGUUGCACCGAAGCUAUUUUCAAAAGUGAAGUGACAAGGCAAUAAAUCCGUGCUACUUGAAGCAAGAAGAACUCUUUCGAAUUUUUGUUAAAUUUGUACACCAGACUGGUAAUGUGUUGUAUGGUUUCUUGUUUUGGAGCGUGGUGUAAUUUUUGUACUGCGGAAUAUUGGGAAUAAAAAGAUCAUUAUUGGGCACUUGCUGAGGCAAAGAUUAUGCUCUCAACAGUUUGACUAUACCC